UUUGUCUAAAAGCAUGUGCGAUUUCGUUAUUCGUGUUUCAUAAAUAUCCAUAAAAUAAAAAUUUGUACAAAAACAAUUUCUAAACAAAAUAUGAAAUUACUAAGCCAUAAUAUGCUAACAUCUCGAUGCAUUAAAGGUGUCGUUGAAGGUUAUCCUCUAGGAAUUAUUGCAAAUGAUGUAAAGGUAUCCAGUGUUGAAUUCAAUCCAGAAUUCAUCAGUCGAAUAAUACCAAAAAUUGAUUACAAAGCAUUAUGGUCAGCAGCUGAUACACUUGGAUAUGCGGAAGGAUUACCGAAUGAAAUGAUAACGGAUUUUGACAACAAUGAAGAGUUUUUACGAAAAAUACACCAUGUUCUGUUAGAAGUUGAAGUAAUUACAGGUGAAUUAGUUUGUCCGGAAACGGGUCGCAAGUUUCCAAUUACAAAAGGAAUUCCGAAUAUGUUAUUAAAUGAAGCUGAAGUUUAAUUUCAUAAUUUAGUUUAUUAAUUUUUUUUACAUUUAAGUUACAUGAAAUUACAUUUAAUAUAUUAAUUGAAAAUAAUAGUCUAUUGAACUGUGUGGUUAAAUUUCAUUAUGAAUGCAAUAUUUUAUAAUUCAA